CCCUUAUCAAGCAAGCAAGAAAGUCAGCCAGCCACCCAGCCGGCCACCGCAAACACGAGUCACAAACAAACGAUCGGGUGAUGGAGGACGUGUACGAUGUUGUUGUGGUUGGCGGCGGUGUGAUUGGCAGCGCGUGCGCUCGCCACCUCACGCUCAUUCAGCCAGACGCAAAGCUGGCCGUAGUUGCACCGGAGGAGCCAACAGGCUCGUAUGCGGAACACAACGGCAUGUUUGCCAGUCACUACGACGAAGGGCGCGUGACGCGCAUCCUGGACCCCAACCCGGUGUGGGCUCGCCUGGCAAAGCACAGCAUUGCCCGAUACCGUGAUCUGGAGGCGGAGUCUGGCAUUCCAUUCUACCAUGAGGCGGGGUACGUGUGCAUCGGGUCCGAGCAACACUCGGCCUAUCUAGAACGGGUGCAGGCCGUUGCAGACGCCGCCAGCGUCACGUACGACCGGCUCGAUGCAGCACAGCUGCACGCACGCUUCCCCGCCAUGCCGCCUGCGGAUGCUCCGGGUCAGCAGGCGCUACGUGCCCUCGCGCAGACGAAGGACGCCGGCCACAUCAGCCCGCGUAAGAUGGUGCAGGCGCAGCUGCGUGUGUGUGAGCAGCACGGCGUGCACGUUGUGCGCGACUACGCCACAUCCGUGUCCUUUGACGCCGACACAAACUUAGCAGUCGUUCAUCUCGCGUCGUCAUACUCAACAACAUCACCGUCGUCGCCGCCGUCGUCGUCGUCCACCACGGCUACCACUGCCACAGCCACGCCUCCGCUGCGUGCGCGCAAAGUGGUGGUGGCGACGGGCGCCUUCACCACGCGGGAGCUGACAGACGGCGUGCAGGUGCCGCUGGAUGUGGAGGGCCGCACGGUGGUGUUUGCGGACGUGACGGACAUGAUGCAGACUGCGCCGGAUCUGCAGCUGGACAGGCUGCCGAGCGUCAUCAAGGCCAUCAGCAGCAACGCCGAUGCCAAGACGGAGGCGGAGGCGACAAAGGAGAAGUGUGACGCGCAGGCCAGCCAUGACACGAGCACAGGCGCGGCUACGAAAGCCAGCAACGCAGACAACGCCGACGAGACCAGCGCGCGCAAGCAGCAGCAGCAGCAGCAAGCAUCAGAGCAGGCAACAGCAGCGUCUCAGGGAGGCAACAGCAGCACCGGCAUGGACAGCGAGCAAGCCGGUGGUAACGACGACGAUGGUGACGGCAACGAUGGCGGUGGCAAGGGCGCGCGGGGCGCUGGGCCGUGCUACGACAUGUACUGCCUGCCGCCGGUGAAGUAUGGUGAUGGGCGGUGGUACAUCAAGAUUGGCACGGGGGACUUCCCAAACAAGCUGCCGACGCUGGCGGACGUGGUGGCGUGGUUCAAGGGCCCGCCAAGCAAGCCCGACGUGGCCAUGCUCACACGGGAGCUGCUGGCGCUGUAUCCGCCGCUGACGGCGUGCACCAUGACGACGGCCAACUGCGUGCUGACAUACACACCGCACGGGUAUCCGGUCAUUGACUGGGUGCGUAGUGGCGUGAUUGCGGUUGCUGCUGGCGGCAACGGCGCUGCAGCCAAGUCUGGGGACGAGAUUGGCCGCCUUGCUGCCUGCUUUGUCAGUGGGCAGCCGGAUCCAACCUAUGACAUGGCCACCUUUGCCCUUCCUUGAAGAUGCUAUGCCUGUUUUUGUGUCUGUCCGUCUGUCUGUCUGUGUGUAUGUGUUUGUGUGUGUGUGUGUGUGUGUGUGCUUGUGUAUGUGUGUGUGUGUGUGUGUGUGUGUGUGUGUGUGU